ACGCUCUCACUUCCCCCAUCCGCCAUUUCCUCUCAGCUCGACAGCGUCGGAACGAAACUUCCUCAGGUCUUCUUCAUCUGACAAAACCACCAAGCUGCACGGCACCAUCUCUCUCUCUCUCUCUCUCCCCCCCCUUCUCCCUGUCUUCUUGGGAGUCUCAGUUGCUUAUGCCUUCCCGAUCCAAUCUUCAUUCAAUUUCGAGCCUCCCUGUCGAGUGGCGGAUCUAUGGAAACCGGGCAGCUUGAAGUUUAGGGAGCCUUGUUUGUGCUGUUUCAGGGCCUUGUGACUUCCACCUUCGAAUUGAAGCCAUAGUAGUCAGGGUACGAGCGGAUUCAGCACCUGCUUGUUCGUCUUCGGUUUCUUUGUUCACCUCAACCGGCACGAGCGCAGAGCAGCCAUAUCUGCGAUUUUAUGCUCAGGAAGUCUGUAAUAUCGGAGCUGUAGAUGUCUAUGUGAAUGAAACCAUUGAUUUAAAUUCGCACGAGCUGUCUGUUUGGCCUGCUUGUUUGGAACCUGCACGAACGCAAUACUACAUUGGCAACGAUCUUAUAUCUUCUUAAGGCUUUCGCAUUCGCGUGCUUGCUUUGAUGAACAAUAGAGCGAGGUAUCUACCGGGGAUUGGAGCUGGGAGAGGUGGGGCUGUGAAUGGUGACCCGGCUUUUCAGUCGCGGCCCCUGCAGCCUCAGUUUCCGCAGCAGUAUGUGCAGAGGAAUCAGUUAGGACAACAGCUCUACCAUCAGCAGCAGCAGCAGCAGCAGUGGCUUAGGAGGAAUCAGUUGGGGAGAAGUGACUCCGCUGAUGAGGUUGAGAAGACUGUGCAAUCCGAGGCCGUUGGUUCGAGUUCUGCAGAUUGGAAAUCAAACCUGCGGAUCCCACCUGCAGAUACACGCUACCAGACAGAGGAUGUAACAGCCACUAAAGGAAAUGAGUUUGAAGAUUAUUUUCUUAAGAGGGAGCUGCUAAUGGGAAUAUAUGAGAAGGGUUUUGAAAGACCAUCCCCUAUUCAGGAAGAAAGUAUUCCUAUUGCUCUAACCGGCAGCAAUAUUCUUGCCAGAGCUAAGAAUGGGACCGGGAAAACAGCUGCCUUCUGCAUUCCGACCUUGGAAAAAAUUGAUCAAGAUAACAAUGUUAUUCAAGCUAUGGUACUAGUUCCGACACGAGAAUUGGCUCUACAAACAUCACAAGUCUGUAAGGAACUUGGGAAGCAUUUGGAAAUUCAAGUGAUGGUAACUACUGGUGGCACCAGCCUGAGGGAUGACAUCAUGCGCUUGUAUCAACCAGUCCAUUUGCUAGUCGGAACUCCAGGAAGAAUCCUCGAUCUCGCAAAGAAGGGGGUCUGCAUAUUGAAAGAUUGUUCGAUGCUUGUCAUGGAUGAGGCUGAUAAGCUUUUGUCCCCAGAGUUUCAACCAUCAGUGGAGCAGCUGAUUAGAUUUAUGCCUGCUAACCGCCAAAUCCUGAUGUUUUCAGCCACUUUUCCUGUGACCGUCAAGGAUUUUAAGGAUAGAUAUCUGCGAAAGCCUUAUAUCAUCAAUCUUAUGGAUGAGCUUACUCUCAAGGGUAUCACACAGUAUUAUGCGUUUGUUGAAGAAAGGCAGAAGGUCCACUGUCUCAAUACUCUUUUCUCCAAGCUUCAAAUCAAUCAGUCAAUCAUCUUUUGCAAUUCGGUGAAUCGGGUGGAACUUCUUGCCAAGAAAAUUACAGAACUCGGGUACUCUUGUUUCUAUAUACAUGCAAAGAUGCUGCAAGACCAUCGGAACAGAGUUUUCCAUGAUUUCCGUAAUGGUGCCUGCAGGAAUCUUGUUUGUACUGAUUUGUUUACCAGAGGAAUAGACAUUCAAGCUGUCAAUGUCGUUAUUAACUUUGAUUUUCCCAAGAACUCUGAGACAUAUUUGCACAGGGUUGGUCGUUCUGGAAGGUUUGGACACCUAGGGCUAGCUGUUAAUCUGAUUACAUAUGAGGACCGCUUUACCCUGUAUAGGAUGGAGCAAGAACUUGGGACUGAGAUUAAGCAGAUUCCUCCUCAUAUUGACCAGGCUAUUUACUGCCGUUAAUGCACUGGAGUUGUGUUGUUUACGCAGUCAGUUAUGUAAUGAGGAGUUGUCCAUUGAAGAAGUGAGUGGCUGUUCAAACGAUUAGGUAUUUUAUCGGAAGACACCAGGGUGGAAUGCUGGAUGCAGCACUCGUUAUAUGGAAUUUGAAUCUUAUGGUUUCGGAAUUUGCUGCCAGCCAUAAAUGUGCCAAGAGUAUCUAAGAUCCUUAAAUGUUUGUUUUGCUCUCUAGUUUCUGGUGGAUGUUGGGCAGAACGAUAGCCUUUUGCGCUUGUUCUCAUUCGAGUAUUAAUUCACACUUACUUAAUUUCUUCUCGUCUUUCUUAUUCGAAAUGUUCUAUGUACCCAGCAUACUAUGCAACUCUUUAGUUUUCUUGCAA